AUGGAACAAGUUGAGGAAACAGCUGGAAGAAUGGAUAGUGGAAGCAGAGACAAAAGUGUAGAAGUAGAGGGAGAUAGGUUUGAAGAAGCAUAUGACACAAAGGGGGACCAGGGUGCAGAUAGAAAAGACAAUGAGAGGUCGUCUGCCAUCCUCCUCCUCGAUCGUUAUCAGAUCUCCGGUCUUGACCUCCAGGGUGACUCUCGAGAAAGAAGACGAAAGGGAAGAACUGGAAGAAUAAAUACAGGAGGAGGAGGAGGAGGAGGAGAAGGAGGAGGAGGAGGAGGAGGAGGAGGAGGAGGAGGAGGAAGGAAGGAGGAGGAGGAGGAGGAGGAGGAGGAGGAGGAGGAGGAUGAAUAA